GGAGGGAAAAAAAAUGAAAAAAAUACCUGUCCGCCACAGUAUUAUAUUGAGAGGGUUUGACUCCUUUUCCACCGGCUCCCCGUUCCUGCAUAUGCACUUUCCCUCCCCCCCCCAUCGGUAUCACUCUCGAAGUUUUUUUCUCCAAAUUCCAUCUUUGCCCGGAUGGGAUUCGCACUGAGAUGUCUGCUGACAGGACCGGUACCAAGGUAUCCUUUGCUCCACUCGGGAUCGGCGGACGUUUAACCGUACUGUACAUAGGGCAGGGGCUCCACCAAAGGGCACAAUUUCCAAUACAGGAAACGGAAAAGAGUUGUACACGGUGCUCUUCCAUGGAGGUUUUUUUUUAUUUUUAUAAUACAUAUAUUCAGGAGAGUGUUUACAUAAUAUCAUACCUACAGAGGAGAGCUGAAAUCGACCACUACCGCCCUGAGAUUUGGGGAAAUGAGUGUGAAGGGGAUAUCGGUCGGCCUAAUUCCUGCUGGGUGCCUUGGGCUAUUUGCGAUUAUGAUGCCUAUGAGCGCUCUAUGCGAUAGCAAGCUCCCCGCUGCCAGCACCGUCGGGAGAAGCAUGUUGGCGAUAUUGAGGCGAAAAGACCUUGCAAUCAGGUGAGUGAGCCCCACCCAAGGGAACUAACGCAAUGGAGGUAUCAUCUGAAAGGGAAGCGGCGGUAAAUAGUUAUCCCGGCAAUCGAAGCUUGCUGUGUCACCUCCGGGUGACAGAAGCGAAGCUCCGGGAGCUAGUAUAGUACGGCGCAGGAGAUGGGGGAGUUCAUCUGAUCACAACACUUGGUAUAAGACUCUUGGGGUAUUUAAGGUUUGGAUUCCGGAAUGGAAGAUCGUUUGAUAUUGUCGGCGCAAAUCUUGAAUACUUGCAUAUCAAUCCAGGGGGUUGCAUCAACGGAUCUAUAUAUUAACAUCGACCAUUUCCUCCUCGAUUCCUCCAUCAUCAAACUUCCAAAGCUUGCGCUUCCGUUUAUCUUUUAUACUUUUCAUUCAACCAAACAUCUACAUAAAAUGGAGGGAUCAUCAAGCUCUGCUCAUCUGUCUACCGAAGACGUCAAAAGAGAACUGGAAGUCACAACGGACCCAAAGAGGAGGCGACAACUUCAAAAUAGGAUUGCCCAGCGCGUUUACAGUCAGUCAGAAAUCCAUACCCUUAUCUAUCUACCCUCUCUAUUACUUUAACCGCCUCUGCGGCCUAUGAUCUCAUCGAAAACAGCUAAGAACCCUUGGUUAUCUAGGACAGAAGCAGCGCAUCCGAAUCACCGAGCUAGAAAACCAGGCAGCUAAGCGCCAAAAAGAAACCGGUAUACCAGAAAGCGCAGAAGACCUCAUUCCAGCCGGCUCCCGUCCAGAGCGCAAUCUGACGAAGGAGCAGCAAGAGGUCUAUGGAAACUGGCAGUCCAUGGCAAUAACAUACCCCUUUUCCGCAUCUAUCACCCAGCGCCUCUCCAGCGGAGCUUCUGAAACUUCCUCGUCCGCUUCAAAUCGGCCGGGUCCCUCCCGUCCCUCUGGCGCAAAUGUUUCCACUCUCCCCAACCCAAGGGUUGAUUCUGGGAUUAAAGCUAUUGGAUUCCGCUCCCAGGCAGCAUACACACUCUCCACCGAUACACACUUGAUGUCUAUAAACAGCGUCACCAUCAACACUGCCGUACUCAGCAACCUCUCUAUGCUCGGGGUCACGGCGGAGGAGUAUGUCAGGGACGACACACUUUCACCCUUUCUAUCCGCACGUAGGUCCGUCCUACACUCCCGGAUGUCACUACUGGACCAACGUGCCCCACACCUAGCACCCACUGACCUGCAACUUGAGGUUCGCCACCAUCCCUACAUCGACAUUAUACCCUUCUCCGGGUUCCGUGAUAAUCUCUUGAACGUCCUCAAUUCUACGCCAGGAGCAGUCGACGAGGACGAGCUGUGCACAGAUAUCGAAAGAUACUUGAAGAUCUGGGGGAGGUUGACAUGGGAUACUAAGAGUUUUGAAUUCGAACCGGAGUUCCUGGAGAAGUGGAGGUGGUUAGUCGACGACGAGGUCUUGUCUGUCACCAAUUUCUGGCGCGCACAGAGGGGGGAAUGGCCCUUGGUAUUCAGUGACGCCCUUAGGGAUGAAGAUAAUGAGUGACUGUUAUCACGUUACGGGUGUUUAACUUAGAGAUGUUAUAUUGUGUGUGCCUUUAGACGAUUUUUUCUUAUCUGCGUUUUUUCAUCUUUCCACUAUUGCUGUCUGCUUUUUGUGUUGUGGGACCAAGCUCUCCCUGGCGGAUCGCCUUUUGCGGGUGCCUGUUGGAUUGGACGAACCUUGUGUAUACUCUACUUUUGUGGGUGUGCUUUCGUUUGUACCUAGCUUGUGCUUUCAUUUGACUUUGAUUUUUUCGAUUUUUUUUGGGGGGGGAGGGUCGUCCCUGGGGGGUGUACUAGACGUUUUUUUAACUUGUUUGCCUUGAAUAAAAACUCAUACUGCAUGAU